UUCAAACAGCUGACGAAAACCGAGCCGCAAACCGUCUACAAUUAAAAAUUAGUUAGUAAAUUAUCACUUCGCGGCCUCAGAAUGGUACUUACACGGUGCAUCCGACUGUCGGCAAGUGCCGCGAAGCUUGGCGAUAUUGCAUGUUCCAUCCGUGGCCUAACAACCGCGACGGCAACGGCAAACGCCUGCUACGGAAAAAUGUCUGGCUGGCAAAUCCACUCGUACGGGAACCCGCAAGAGGAGGUGCAGUUCAGCGACGGUAUCAAAAUGCCCACCCUAAAAUCUCCAACCCAGCUGCUGGUCAAGGUGAAGGCCGCGUCUGUGAAUCCGAUCGACGUAGCGAUGAUAAAUGGGUACGGUGCCUCCGUGUUGAACGCGCUGCGCUGCAAGGAUGGUGGCAUCGAGUUUCCGCUCGUGCUAGGACGGGACUUUUGCGGAGAAAUCGUCCAAAAGGGUCUUGGCAUCUCGAGCCGCGAGCUCGAAGUAGGUGAUGAAGUGUGGGGCGUGGUGCCGGUGCACUUGCAAGGUUGCCAUGCGGAUUAUGUUGCGGUGGAAAAGUAUUGCCUAUUUAAAAAACCCUCGAACCUGAGCAAAAUCGAUGCCAGCGCGGUGCUAUAUGCUGGGCUAACGGCUUGGUCCGGUCUGUACCUGACGGGGCAUUUGGGCGAUUUACUCGGUGCCAUUUCACCAGUCGGUGGAGGACGCGGCAAAAAAGUGCUGGUGCUUGGUGCUUCCGGUGGCGUGGGGACUCUCGCGGUGCAAAUGUUACUCGCCGAAGGAGUUGAGGUGUUUGCUACCUGUUCGGCCGACGCCAUGCAGCUAGUGAGCAAUCUAGGCGUACAUUAUCUACUCGACUACAACGAUCCCACCCAUGUGCAGAGUAUUGCCAGUGUUGGACGAUUCGAUAUAGUCCUCGACUGUGCGGGCAAGGGGACCGAAUACGCUACUCAAGUGCCGUGGUUGUUCGAUCAGUACAUUACCUUCAAUUCGCCUGUUCUGAAGAACAUCGACGCGCACGGGUUUGGUGCGGGCAUGUAUCGGAAUGCGACCGAACUCGUACGAAGCAAUGUGACCGCCCUCAACAGCCGCCAGGGGCCAGUGAAAUGGGGCUACUUUAUGCCUGCUCCACAAGGCAUUGCCUAUCUACAGCGGCUGGUCGAGAAGGGCAAACUGUUACCCGUUGUGGAUAAAGUGUACCCUUUCGCCAAAACACUCGAAGCGUAUGGGCGAAUCGAACAGAAGCAUCUCAGGGGGAAGAUUGUUAUCGAUUUUGAGUGAGGUCAAAGUCUCGCGCCAUCUCGACCGCUAGAACAAACCAGUUGAAGCGAUAUCGCUCGAAACGUGGUAGCAUUCAAAACGUAUUAGCAUCUUUCUCCCGCUAUCGUAUAUGAUUCUACUCUAACUUCGAAUACCUGACUCUGUGUUCCUAGAACAUAACAUCACAACUUGAUAAUCAGUUAUCAAGCGUUAAAGUAAUAAAUCGUACCCAACUGAUUAUCAAGCUAAA